GUAUCACUUAGUACUGUUUAUGUUUUGCUUUUUAUUAUGUUUUGUUGAGUGCAUAUUAUUGUAUAAUACUCAAAAUAUUACAGGCAGUCCUCCGUUUAAUUCAAAAUGCACAAUCCUCACUGAGGCUGUGAUGAACGUAAUUGGAAAAGAGGGAGUUGACAUAAUGGGUAUUGGACCCAGCAGCCUAGACACCUCUAUUUUGCAAUUGACUGAUAUGCGUGAUGAUGACCAGCAAGAUGCUGAAAUCAACAGGACCAUGUGUACUUCAAGUGCUGCGAUGUCAAAAUCAGUUUUCUUUAAUCCGAAAAGAAGAUAUACACCAUCGAUGGCUGAGAAUGGCUAUAGAAGCGCAACUAUUUCUCCUCCAGACAAACCUUCACCAUCAUGUUGCAGUCAUUGCAGUCUACAUGAACUUAAUGCCUUGAAGAAGAGGAAGCUGGAGCUUCAAAUACAAUUGUUUGAGGCCCAGUUGGCGCGAUUUGAUGAGGAAUAUAUUAUUAUGUUAUUUGUUAUUAUUUUGUUAUGAAGAUAUAGUUUAGUUAUAUUAAAGAGUUACAUGAAAUUCAUCUUCAUUGUGUAUUUCUUGUGAUUUUUGGAAAAAUUGUAUACAGUAACUUUAGUAAGUUUAAAAUGUUCUA